CACACAUUAAUUAGUAUCCUAUAUUGAUUCCACCAGCUGUGUACAGUAUAGUGUAUGCUCAGUUGAAGCUAUGGAACCAACAUCUCUUACAGUGCCCUUUGUCCAAGAAAUUGCAAAGGAUGCCUUGACGAGGGUUCCAGAGCGUUAUGUUCGUCCACUUCAUGAGCGCCCAAUAUUAUUAUCAGCCACUACUACACCUUUACCCCAAGUUCCUGUCAUUGACCUAAGCAAAUUGUUGUCACAAGAUCUCAAGGAACCUGAGUUGGAAAAGCUGCACUAUGCCUGCAAAGAAUGGGGAUUUUUUCAGCUGAUAAAUCAUGGAGUGAGCACUUCAUUGGUGGAAAAAGUGAAGAGAGGUGCUCAAGAUUUCUUCAAUCUUCCAAUCGAAGAGAAGAAAAAGUUAGGGCAGAGAGAAGGAGAAGGUGUGGAGGGAUAUGGUCAGGCCUUUGUGGUCUCCGAGGAGCAGAAAUUAGAGUGGGCAGAUAUGUUUUUCAUGCUCACUUUGCCACCACAUAUAAGGAAACCCUACUUAUUCCCCAACAUCCCCUUACCAUUCAGAGAUGAUUUAGAGACAUAUUCUGCCGGAUUAAAAAAACUUGCGAUCCAAAUCGUUGAACUUAUGGCAAAUGCCCUUAAUGUGGACUCCAAGGAAAUUAGAGAGUUAUUUGGUGAAGGGGUUCAAUCAAUGAGGAUGAAUUACUAUCCUCCAUGUCCCCAACCAGAGCUUGUGAUGGGACUCAAUCCCCAUACUGAUGGUGGAAGCCUCACUAUCCUUCUCCAACUCAAUGAAGUGGAAGGUCUUCAAAUUAAAAUAGAUGGAUCAUGGAUUCCUAUUAAACCCCUCCCCAAUGCUUUCAUCGUUAACCUUGGAGAUAUGAUGGAGAUAAUGACAAAUGGAAUUUAUCGAAGCAUCGAACAUCGAGCAACAGUGAACUUAGAAAAGGAAAGGCUUUCCAUAGCUACAUUUUACAACCCUGGCAUGGAAGUAAAAUUAGGUCCAGCACCAAGCCUUGUUACUCCAACAACACCAGCAGUAUUCAAAACAAUUAGUGUACCCGAAUACUACAGGGGAUACCUCUCAAGAGAACUCCGUGGGAGAUCAUAUCUUGACAGCAUGAAGAUCCAAAAUGAAGAUGAGAACAGCUCUUGACAUUGCUGUGACCCUAAAUAUGAAUGGUACUAAAGCUUCUGUAUACGAAUUUGACGUUGCUGGGGACUUCAGUUGUUUUUUAUUUUUUUUUGUUAUUUUAAGUUACGCAUGUGCUUCCUCGUAGUUUCUUUUCAUUUUUCGGUGUUUGUUUUGUACAUAAUAAAUAAGGAUUUUUUUAACCACUGCAUGAAUAAGAUAUUAUACCAUCCACCAAUAAAA